AUGGCGACCACGUCGAACAUGUUCUUGUACUCGCUGACGGUCCAACCGCCGACCAAUGUCACGCAAGCGGUGCUUGGCCAGUUCGCAGGCACUCGAGAGCAGCUCAUCAUCACCGCUGCUGGCUCGCAGCUUUCAUUGCUGCGGCCUGAUCCUUCUCAGGGAAAGGUGAUUACCCUCCUAUCUCACGAUGUCUUUGGCAUCAUCCGUUCUCUCGCCGCCUUCCGGUUAGCUGGUAGCAACAAGGACUACUUGAUUAUUGCUUCUGACUCCGGUCGGAUCACAAUUAUUGAGUAUAUCCCCGCUGAAAAUCGCUUCCAGCGAUUGCACCUCGAAACCUUUGGCAAGUCUGGUGUUCGCAGAGUCAUCCCUGGUGAAUAUCUGGCUUGUGAUCCCAAGGGCAGAGCAUGCUUAAUUGCCUCGACGGAGAAGAACAAGCUUGUUUAUGUUCUCAACCGCAAUUCACAAGCCGAGCUCACAAUCUCAUCGCCUCUGGAGGCUCACAAACCAGGUGUCCUUGUCAUCUCCAUGGUCGCGCUUGAUGUCGGCUACUCAAAUCCCGUAUUCGCUGCGCUCGAGAUUGACUAUUCCGAGGUUGAUCAAGACUCAACUGGACAAGCGAUGGAAGAGCUAGACACACAGCUGGUGUAUUACGAGCUUGAUUUGGGACUCAACCAUGUGGUUCGAAAGUGGUCAGAUCCAGUCGACCCCACUGCCUCGAUUCUAUUUCAGGUUCCUGGCGGUAACGAUGGGCCGAGCGGUGUGCUAGUGUGCGGUGAGGAAAACAUCACAUACCGGCACUCUAAUCAAGAGGCAUUCCGCGUUGCUAUUCCACGUCGACGAGGCGCCACCGAGGAUCCCAAUCGCAAACGCACAAUUGUGUCUGGUAUCAUGCACAAGCUGAAAGGUAGUGCAGGUGCCUUCUUCUUCCUAUUACAAACAGAUGAUGGCGAUCUCUUCAAGCUCUCGAUAGAUAUGAUUGAAGAUGACGACGGCAAUCCCACAGGGGAAGUCAAGAGGCUCAAGAUUAAGUAUUUCGACACCGUUCCGGUCGCGUCCAGUCUUUGCAUUUUAAAGAGUGGAUUCCUAUACCUAGCCACCCAGUUCGGCAACUACUCAUUCUACCAGUUUGAGAAGCUUGGUGAUGACGAUGAAGAGCUUGAGUUUUACAGCGAUGACUUCCCUGCGGACCCCAAGGCUGCCUACGAACCUGUUUACUUCCACCCUCGACCAACAGAAAACUUGGCCUUGGUUGAGAGCAUCCCAGCUAUGAAUCCCCUUUUGGAUUGCAAGGUCGCGAAUCUUACUGGCGAGGAUGCACCCCAGAUUUACACAAUAUGCGGCAAUGGCCCUCGAAGUAGCUUCAGGAUGCUCAAGCACGGCUUGGAAGUUAAUGAAAUCGUUGCCUCUGAGUUGCCUGGAAUUCCAUCUGCUGUCUGGACCCUGAAGCUAAAUCGCUCUGAACAAUACGACGCCUACAUCGUCCUCUCGUUCACCAACGGUACGCUGGUUCUCAGUAUCGGAGAGACUGUUGAGGAAGUCAGCGACUCUGGCUUCCUUACAAGCGUCCCUACGUUAGCAGCCCAGCUUCUUGGUGACGAUGGUCUGAUUCAGGUUCAUCCCAAGGGUAUUCGACACGUCAGAAAUGGACAUGUCAAUGAAUGGGCGGCGCCGCAACAUCGAUCCAUCGUUGCUGCCACGGCUAAUGCUCACCAAGUUGCCGUUGCUCUUAGCUCUGGAGAGAUAGUCUACUUUGAGAUGGACGCUGAUGGCUCGCUGGCCGAGUACGAUGAGAAGAAGGAAAUGUUCGGUACUGUCACAUGCUUGAGCUUGGGCGAUGUUCCUGAGGGACGAUUGAGGAGUUCAUUCCUGGCUGUCGGUUGCGAUGAUUGCACUGUCCGCAUUCUGAGUCUAGAUCCCGAAUCAACCUUGGAAAACAAGUCGGUGCAAGCUCUCACUGCUGCCCCAACAUCGCUAGCAAUUAUUGCUAUGGAAGACUCAUCAUCUGGUGGCUCUACACUCUAUCUCCAUAUCGGGCUACACUCCGGUGUCUAUCUAAGGACAGUUCUUGAUGAGGUUACUGGCGAGCUGACAGACACACGUCAAAAGUUCCUUGGGCCAAAGGAAGUCAGACUAUUUCAAGUUACUGUUCAAGGUAAGACCUGUGUCCUUGCUCUGAGCUCUAGGCCAUGGCUUGGCUACGCAGAUCCGAUCACAAAAGGAUUUGUUGUGACGCCUCUGAAUUACGUUGACCUUGAAUGGGGCUGGAACUUCAGCAGCGAGCAAUGCGAAGAAGGUAUAGUUGGCAUUCAAGGUCAAUCAUUACGUAUCUUUAAUAUCGAUCGGCUCGGCGAGACAUUGAUUCAAAAAUCAAUUCCCUUGACUUACACUCCGAAGAAGCUUGUGAAGCACCCAGAUCAGCCUCUCUUCUACACUAUCGAGGCAGAUAAUAACACCCUGCCACCCGAACUACGGGCCCAGCUUCUAGCAGACCCUGGAGUUGUCAAUGGCGAUUCCAGAGUUCUGCCACCAGAAGACUUCGGCUAUCCCAAAGGUACGCGUCGUUGGGCAUCUUGCAUUAAUGUAAUUGAUCCUCUGUCCGAUGAAGGACAAGUCCUACAAACAAUCGACUUGGAGAACAACGAGGCAGCUGUCAGCGCGGCUAUCGUAUCAUUUGCCAGUCAGGACAAUGAGAACUUCUUGGUUGUUGGCACUGGUAAAGACAUGGUUGUGAACCCUCGAAGCUAUUCCGAAGGAUACCUCCAUAUUUAUCGAUUCCAAGACGGAGGCCGAGAGCUUGAGUUUAUCCACAAAACAAAGGUUGAAGAACCGCCUCUGGCCCUGCUGCCCUUCCAAGGCAGAGUGGCUGUUGCUGUCGGCACACAACUGCGUAUAUAUGACCUGGGUAUGCGGCAGAUGCUUCGCAAAUCCCAGGCCGAGGUGACAACACAACAGAUCGUGUCAUUAAAUACACAGGGCAGUCGUAUCAUUGUAGGUGACGUCCAACAGGGCGUUACCUACGUUGUAUAUAAGCCUGCUACCAACAAGCUCAUCCCGUUUGUCGACGAUACGAUCGCAAGGUGGACCACAUGCACAACCAUGGUGGAUUACGAGUCGGUAGCAGGUGGCGACAAGUUUGGAAACAUGUUCAUUGUCCGCUGUCCCGAGAAGGCCAGUGAAGAGGCUGACGAAGAGCAAUCUGGUCUACAUCUCAUCAAUGCGCGGGACUACCUCCAUGGCACACCACACAGAGUGAGCUUGAUGUGCCACUUUUAUACACAGGACAUACCCACGAGUAUCACCAAGACGAGUCUGGUGGUCGGUGGACAAGAGAUCCUGCUUUGGAGCGGCCUCAUGGGCACCAUCGGAGUUUUCAUCCCAUUUGUUAGUCGUGAAGAUACCGAUUUCUUCCAGAGCCUCGAGCAACACUUAAGGACCGAGGAUCCUCCACUCGCCGGCCGAGAUCAUCUCAUGUAUAGAGGUUAUUACGCUCCUGUCAAGGGAGUUAUUGAUGGCGAUCUAUGCGAGAGAUUCAAUCUUUUGCCCAACGACAAGAAGCAGAUGAUUGCAGGCGAGUUGGACCGAUCGGUCCGAGAAAUUGAGAGGAAGAUUUCUGAUAUCCGCACACGGUCAGCGUUCUAA